AUGAUUAAUUUCUACAUUUGGGCAGCCAACAUCCUAUUGAUAGGAUUAAUUAGACCUACAAUCCAGUGUAAUACAACUACUUUGUAAGGAUGCCUUCUAGAUGGCAUUACUGAGACAACGAAGAUGUCACUUUUAGAUUAUCCGGCCUAUGGAUAUGGCUUCUGGUUCUAAUAUUUAUCCAUACAGACUACAAUAUUUUUGAACUCUAAAACAUCUGCUAAAGUUGAAGGGCUCUUGAUAUUAAGGGAGAUAAACCCUGAUACUUCUAAAUAUAGAGUAUUUUUUAUUAAGAUUGGAAAAACAGAAAUGUUAAUUAGGAAAAAUAUUUAUAUUUCUAAUAUCAAUCAGAAGACUAAUUGA